UGACCCUUCAGGAGCUCACGUGCAGACUUUAUAGAGAGAGAUAGAGAUAGCUCCUCUCCCAAUCCACUUAGUCAAAUCCUUUCAUCCCAACAACUCUCAGUUGCUUCCUCAACUCAAAACCUCUCUCUCUCUCUCUCUCUCUCUCUCUCUAAAACACACACAAUGCCUACAACAACCAGAAGAAAGCUCCGGCUGAGCAAAGUCACAGUCGACAUAGGGUGCGGCAUCUGCAGAAAACCCAGUAAGCUCUUCCAAAUGUUCAACCCUAAACCUAAACCCUCCUCCAAAACCCUAAAAAACAACCACUUUCCGCCUCCUCCUUCUUCUUCUUCAACCCCACGCAACAAUUACAACAAACUCUACAAAGACAACGACCACGCUCCUUUUUUAGUCACAGAUUCCGACACGAAGAGCACGAGACCAGUCAACGGAUUCGGUAGAAUCGGCAACGAGAGCGUGGCCGUGGAGAAAGACUCCGGCGACCCUUACUUGGAUUUUCGACACUCGAUGCUACAGAUGAUACUGGAGAACGAGAUAUACUCCAAAGACGAUCUCCGGGAGCUUCUCAACUGUUUCCUGCAGCUCAACUCUCCCUGCAACCACGGCAUUAUCAUCAGGGUCUUCACUGAGAUCUGGAAUGCUGUUUUCUCUGUCAGGUCUGGAGGUUCGACGUUGCUGCACUUUGCGAGCAACAAGUCAUGCGACUACUAGCUGAAGUUGUAUCUUGUGCACGUGCAACGGAGUUGGGAGCCUGAGUUUCCAUUUACAUGUCGAGUUAAGAAGAAAGACAAUGGGAUUAAAUCAAGUUAUUUAAGGUCUUUUGUAUGGUUGUGGGGUGCAUGUAACGUAAAGAAAUAUUUUCCAUGAAUCAAAUAUUAUAUGAAUUAUGGUUACGAUUUUUUA